AAAAAAAAAAAAAUAAAAAAAGGAGGAGAGCAUAAUCUUAGAUAACAAUUCUAAUGUGACACAAAAAACAAAAAGGACAAGUAAAAGAAAAAAAGGGAACGAACAAACACCUCUUGUUCUUCUGCUGCACCAAAAUGACUUCAGUUAUACGAAAUCUUUAUCCACUUUCUUGUCCACUCAAACAAUAUUGUUCAUUUCAAACCCCCAAAUCUUACUCCGAAUUCCAUUUUUCUUCCUCUGAAUUCUUUCAUUCCAAACAGUCCCUUAGGCAAGUUGCUGUUUCUGUGUCAUUCAAUCCAUCCGGGAACUUGGACCUCUCUCUCUACGACCAAGACCAAGAUGCAGGGAAACCAGCUCCACCAAUGCCUCCAAAGGAAGGCCGUUACGAAGUAGUCAUCGACAACGACAUCAUUGCUCGUCUCGAUUUAUCCCCUUUUCAUUCCGCCACCGGAAUAACCUCCUCAAACUCGGUGAAGCCGAAGGAGUUAUUGGAGCGCACAAUCGGAUUUACGAUAAAUUACCGUAGAGAAGACGAGAACGAUCCACGAGAACUAUCGGAAUAUCCAGAUAUAAGGCUGUGGUUUGUUAGAGUGGAUGCUAUGUACCCAUGGCUCCCUGUUGUGUUGGACUGGAGAGCAGGGGAGCUUGCACGUUAUGCUGCCAUGCUUGUACCCCACCAGAUGAGUAUGCGAAUGGGGGUGGUUUUCAACCCGGAGGCGCUGGAAUUGUUUGUGGUGCAGAAAGUGUUUGUAGUGUACAAAUGGUUGAAGGAGAACGAUAUCCCGAUGCCUCGAUUGAAGGCUAAAGACAUGGCCCGGAUGCUUGGAUUUGGAAUUGGAGACGACCUCUUUGAUUUGAUAGACAAAGUAUAGCAUAUUCAAACAAGCUUCUUCACUUAGUAAUAAUUAAUCUGAUUCUUGAAUUUAAUUGUCCCUUGCAUCGAAAAUUUUAUACUAUAUCACUAGAGUGAUAAGAACUCGUAUCUUUUUAAUAACGUCGAUUUUUGUAAUAUUUUGGAAUAGAGUGCUUAUUGAACUGUCAUAAAAUCAUUUUUGUAACUUUGAUUUUUGUAAUCUUUGAUGUCAAUUUUGUUUUUUUAGGAUGAUAAA